UUUUCUUCUAUAUUCUGACAGGAACAAGAAUAUCCAGAGUAUCCUGAAUCCAAUUUUUAGAGAUUCAUUCAGAAUGUCUUCUCCACCUACAAAUCCUUCUGGCACUGGCUCAAACAGAAACGAGUCACAGUCGCAAUCCCAGACCCACCAACCUGCGGUGCCCUCGUCUCCGUUGUUCUUUGGCUCGUCCAAUCCAGCCUCUGAGGCCAGCAUAAUACAAUCGCAAUCCCAAUCGCAAAGAAACGUUUCUUCUCCUUUUCACUAUACAUCAGAUGCCUCUUCGUCACAAAGAAGAACCGAUGCAUUGACCAGUGAUGUUGACCGAGUCAGGAGAACCCACAGAAGUGACCUCAACGACGCGUCACCCAGAAGAAGAACCAUUGUCGCUGACUUGGGAUCUUCCAACGUGCCAACCACCCCUGCUGACGGCGGUUCAGAUAAUGCCUAUGAGCCUCAAAGAGUCAUCUGGGGUACCAACGUCUCCAUCCAAGACAUCUCCAACACUUUCAGAGAAUUCUUGUUGACGUUUAGAUUUAGAGAGCGUAAAAUCCAUGAGGGCCUAGAAGUGCUACCAGAAGACAAUGAGCUCUACUACGUCAACCAUUUGAACAACAUGAGAGAGCUUGGUGUCACUAACUUGAACCUCGAUGCUAAAAACUUGGAGGCGUGCAAAUUGACACAGAGGUUAUACCGCCAGUUGAUCAACUACCCUCAGGAAGUUGUUCCCACUAUGGAUCACACCAUUAAGGAUUGUAUGAUCCAAGUCACAAAUGAUUACAACCAAACAGCUGAAGAGCCAAGCAACCUCGAUGUCAUUGAAACCAACGUCUACACUGUUCGCCCCUACAACAUCAACAUGGUGGAAAGAGGUAUGAGAGACUUAAAUCCCAACGAUAUCGACAAGUUGGUCAGUGUCAAAGGUUUGACAUUGCGUUCGUCAGCUAUUAUUCCUGAUAUGAAGGUAGCCUUCUUCAAGUGUAAUGCCUGUGGCCACACUGUGGCUGUAGAAAUAGACCGUGGGGUCAUCUCGGAACCAACAAAGUGUCCCAGAGAAGUCUGUGGCCAGACCAACUCAAUGAUGCUCAUCCACAAUCGUUCUUCAUUUGCAGACAAACAAGUCAUCAAGUUACAGGAGACUCCUGAUUUAGUUCCUGACGGACAAACACCACAUUCCAUCAACUUGUGCGUCUACGAUGAAUUGGUCGAUUGCUGUCGUGCUGGUGAUCGUGUAGAGGUCUGUGGUAUCUUCAGAUCGUUGCCAGUAAGAGCCAACUCCAGACAAAGAGCCUUGAAGAAUCUCUACAAAACCUAUUUAGAUGUACUUCAUGUCAAGAAAAUCGACAAGAAGAGAUUGGGUGCCGAUAUCUCUACUUUGCAAAACGAAAUAACUGACAAAGAACAAGAAGUCGAGCAAGUGAGGAAAAUUUCUGAGGAAGAGAUAGCCAAAAUCACAGAAAUAUCUCAGAGAGAUGAUUUGUACGAAGUGUUGGCCAGAUCAAUGGCUCCCUCUAUCUACGAAAUGGACGAUGUCAAGAAGGGGGUCUUGUUGCAGUUAUUUGGGGGAACCAACAAGACAUUCAAGAAAGGUGGAAGAUAUAGAGGGGAUGUCAAUAUAUUGUUGUGCGGAGAUCCUUCCACUUCCAAGUCUCAAUUGCUACAAUACGUCCACAAGAUUGCCCCUAGAGGUGUCUACACUUCUGGUAAAGGUUCUUCUGCUGUUGGUUUGACUGCCUAUAUCACCAGAGAUAUCGACACCAAGCAAUUGGUGUUAGAAAGUGGUGCUUUGGUUUUGUCCGAUGGAGGUGUAUGUUGUAUUGAUGAAUUCGACAAAAUGAGUGAUUCCACCAGGUCAGUUUUGCACGAAGUUAUGGAACAGCAGACGAUUUCUAUUGCCAAGGCCGGUAUAAUCACUACUUUGAAUGCCAGAACCUCCAUUCUUGCAUCUGCCAAUCCUAUCAACUCCAGAUAUGAUCCUAACUUGCCUGUUACUGCAAAUAUCGAUUUACCUCCGCCAUUGCUUUCAAGAUUUGACUUGGUCUACUUGAUUUUGGACAAGGUUGACGAGAAGAUCGAUAGACAGUUGGCCAGACAUUUGACGGAUAUGUACUUGGAGGACGCACCAGAGACUGUGACAAGUAAUGUUGUUCUUAGUGUGGAAACCUUGACUUCUUAUAUUCAAUACGCAAAGGAAAACUUCAACCCAGUGAUGACAACUGAAGGUAAGAACGAGUUGGUCAGAGCCUAUGUUGAAAUGAGAAAGCUUGGUGAAGACGCCAGAUCGUCAGAAAAGAGAAUCACAGCUACUACCAGACAACUAGAGUCCAUGAUCAGAUUGUCAGAAGCCCAUGCUAAAAUGAGAUUGUCAAAUUAUGUAGAAUUAAUCGAUGUCAAGGAGGCCGUCAGAUUGAUCAAGUCGGCUAUCAAAGACUACGCCACUGACCCAAUCACCGGUAAGAUCGACAUGGAUAUGGUUCAAACCGGUACUACUUCGGCACAAAGAAGAGUUCAAGAAGACUUGAGUAGUGAAAUCUUGAACAUUCUUGAUGAAAGCAACAACUUGAUCAGAUUCAACGAUCUUGCUGUAAAGCUUAAUGAAAGAUCUUCCAUCAGAGUGGAGAACCUGGACAUCAACGAAGGGAUCAAGAGGUUGCUGCAGGAAGGUAAGAUUGUUGAAGUAGGCGACAGUCACAGAAGAACCAUCAGAAAGAUUUCCCUUUUGUAGAGGUGAGGUAUAAUUACAUUUAUUUCUUGUUUGUAUUCUAGUUGAGAAUUGACUGAUUCCAUUGAGGAUCAUAAUAUACAAAUAUAUACAAG